AUGGAACACUCCGAUUCAACGCAGUGCGUGCGAGUUGCUGUUAACAUUCGUCCUCUGAUUACGUCUGAACUUUUGCUUGGUUGCACAGACUGCAUCUCUGUUGUUCCUGGUGAACCUCAGGUGCAAAUUGGGUCUCACGCUUUCACCUAUGAUUAUGUCUACGGUAGUACGGGGUCGCCUUCGUCUGCAAUAUACGAUGAUUGUGUAGCUCCUCUUGUCGAUGCGCUCUUCCAUGGCUAUAAUGCAACGGUUCUUGCCUAUGGCCAGACUGGAUCUGGGAAGACAUACACCAUGGGUACCAAUUACACCGGAGAGGAAAAUUCCGGUGGAAUUAUACCCAAGGUGAUGGAGACAAUAUUCAAGAGGGUUCAGGUUAUGAAGGAAUCCUCAGAGUUUUUGAUUCGAGUAUCUUUUAUCGAGAUAUUCAAGGAAGAGGUAUUUGACUUACUUGAUCCCAAUUCAUCUAGAGGAGAUGUGGCUUCUACUGCAAAGCCUGCUGUGCCCACCAGAGUUCCCAUACAAAUUAGAGAAACGGUGAAUGGAGGAAUAACAUUGGCUGGUGUGACUGAGGCUGAAGUUAAGACAAAAGAAGAAAUGUCAUCUUAUCUUUCUCGAGGUUCAUUGUCUCGUGCCACUGGGAGCACAAACAUGAACAGUCAAUCAAGUCGUUCACAUGCUAUAUUCACAAUCACAAUGGAGCAAAAGAAUGGUGAUGAUGUCUUGUGUGCAAAACUACAUUUGGUGGACCUUGCUGGUUCUGAACGUGCAAAAAGAACUGGUGCAGAUGGCAUGCGUUUGAAAGAAGGCAUUCAUAUCAACAAGGGUUUAUUAGCUCUUGGAAAUGUAAUAAGUGCACUGGGGGAUGAACGAAAGCGGAAAGAAGGUGGCCAUGUGCCGUAUCGUGAUAGCAAAUUAACACGCCUACUGCAGGAUUCUCUUGGAGGAAACAGCAAAACUGUGAUGAUAGCAUGUGUCAGUCCUGCUGAUACAAAUGCUGAAGAGACAUUGAACACUUUAAAGUAUGCGAACCGUGCUCGCAACAUUCAGAACAAGGCUAUCAUUAAUCGUGAUCCAGUAGGAGCUCAGCUACAGAGAAUGCGAAGUCAGAUUGAGCAAUUACAGUCUGAGCUUCUAUUUUAUAAAGGUGAUGCUGGUGGGCCAUUUGAGGAACUCCAGAUUCUUAAACACAAAAUAACCUUACUAGAAGCAAGCAAUGCAGAGCUACAGCGGGAACUUAAAGAACGUCGAGUAACUUGUGAGAGUUUAGCACAACGUGCUUGUGAUGCUCAGGUAGAAAAGGACCAACUGAUUAUGAAAAUAGAAUCGGUUCGAAAUGGUAAAUCUUGGGAUGAAAUUGACUCAAAUUCAAAUCAGGAUUAUGACCUGGUGAAAUCUUAUGUGUCAAAGAUCCAAGAUCUGGAAAGUGAAUUGCUGCGUCUGAGAAAUUCGAAUCUGAAAUCUAGCCAAUCUGUUGACUGGGUUGAUUCAGAUGAUAGUGGAUUCCAAUCAAAGAAUGGUUUAUUUGCAUGUGGUAACGAGUAUUCUGAUAGCGAUGCCAAAUCUGUGGACAUAACAGAGGACGCGGAAGAUCAUGCAAAGGAAAUGGAGCACUCUUCUCUUCAAGAAAAGUUGGAUAAGGAGCUCAAAGAAUUGGAUAAGAAACUUGAACAAAAAGAGGCGGAAAUGAAGCUGUUUAAUAAUGCUGAUACUUCAGUUCUUAAGCAUCAUUAUGAAAAGAAACUUCUUGAGUUAGAACAAGAGAAGAAAUUUUUGCAGAAAGAAAUUGAGGAACUUAGGUGCAAUCUUGCAAAUAUUUCAUCCACCUCUGGUGAUGGCGCUCAAAAGUUAAAGGAAGAAUAUCUUCAAAAAUUAAAUGCUCUGGAAGCACAGGUCUCUGAACUAAAGAAGAAACAAGAAGCUCAGGCUCAACUGUUGAGACAAAAACAGAAAAGUGACGAGGCAGCGAAAAGACUUCAGGAUGAGAUCCAGAGAAUUAAAUCUCAAAAGGUUCAACUGCAACAUAAGAUUAAGCAGGAAUCAGAACAAUUUAGGUUAUGGAAAGCUUCACGCGAAAAAGAAGUUCUCCAGCUUAAAAAAGAAGGAAGAAGGAAUGAAUAUGAGAUGCAUAAGCUGCUAGCGUUGAAUCAGAGGCAAAAGAUGGUAUUGCAAAGGAAGACAGAAGAAGCUUCCUUGGCUACAAAAAGGCUAAAAGAACUUUUGGAAUCUCGAAAGGCUUCGUCACGUGAAACUACAGGCGGGAAUGGUCCUGGAAUUCAGGCUUUGAUGCAGGCAAUAGAGCAUGAGCUUGAAGUCACAGUCCGAGUACACGAAGUUCGUUCAGCGUAUGAGCGUCAAAUGGAAGAGAGGGCUAAAAUGGCCAAGGAGAUUGCCAGAUUGAAGGAAGAAGCAGAGACGAUGAAGCUAAACAAUACAAGGGAUGGCCUCGCGUCAAUGUCUCCGGGUGCAAGAAAUUCAAGGAUAUUUGCCCUUGAAAACAUGCUUUCUACUUCUUCUACAACACUAGUGUCAAUGGCAUCUCAGUUGUCAGAGGCAGAAGAGCGGGAACGGGUUUUCAGUGGCAAGGGACGUUGGAACCAAGUCCGGUCCCUUGCUGAUGCCAAGAAUUUGAUGAAUCAUUUAUUCAAUCUAGCAUCUUCCUCCAGGUGUUUAUUGCGAGAUAAAGAAGUUACCUGCAGAGAGAAGGACACAGAAAUAAGAGAUCUAAAAGAAAAAGUAGUUAGGCUGAGUUGUUCAAUUCGACAGAUGGAAAUGCAGAAGGCUGAACUUAUUCAUCAGUUGAAGUUGCAGAGUGCAAAGAGAUACUUGGAAUCUGUGGGAGAUUCGGCAUAUUCUGACGUAAAUGUUGGAGGACAUAAGUAUGGCUUGCGCAAGGUGGAACACCGGAGAUCUUCCAUUUUACUGGAGGAUAUGGAUUUAUCAGUAUCAGAUACAGAAUCAGAUGAUUAUUAUGUUCCAGAUGCAACUGAUGAUGAAUGGCCAACAGAAAAAAUACACGUUAAGAAAAGAACAUCUAAAAGUAGACAUUUAAGCGUGGAAAAUAAUCAGUCAACUGUCAGUUCAGAAGAUGUCAAAGAUAAUUCAACAGAAGGACUUGAAGGUGCAUCCGGGGAAACUGCAUCAGAUAUCUGCUGCUCCUGUAGUAAAUCUUCAUCUUGCAAGACAAACAAAUGCAAGUGCAGGGCUCUGGGCAACAGUUGUGGGAGUUCUUGUGGUUGCCUAGCAUCCAAGUGUGCCAACAGAGCAUCAGUCUCAAAUGAAGGGACCAGUAAUGAUUCUAGCACUGAGGAAGCAGACAAGGAUCGCCUCCUUGCUGCUCAAGGUGCUGAGUUGCUUCAGGGUGCACUGGUUGAGGGGCCUGCUGAGGCCCACAGUGUUCAUGGGCCAAGAAAACCUCUCUCUGAUAUUGGCAAUACACUGGCCAAAUCAAAUGCCCAGAAAGCUAAUCAAAGAAAGAAAUGGCGGAAGUCCACAAUAGUUCUUGUUUCAGACCCGCCACCUUCCUCGCAGUCAGAUAACUCUGAAGUCUCAAAGAAAGAAAGUAACAGCAUUAGUGAAGCGAAUGUAUUUAUGAACAUACCACAGAAAAUGCACUGGAGUAGACCUGAAAAUGUUUCAGUUGCCCCGAAGGUAGAGAAAAGUUUAACUGAGACAGAUAUACCUUUGAGAAUACCACGGGCUAUGCGAAAACAAGUAUCAUCAAAUGUUGGUGGCCUUCCACUGGGAGACAGGAAUGCUAGUAAUAAGCCAGAUGAAUCUGUCAACAAGAAGGAUUCUGAAGUGGUUGAAGCUAGAAGUCCGGUCCAACCAAAAAAAAUAUUUGAGAAAGAGAACAAUGGACGUUAAUCUUGAAUCCGUUUUUUACUUCUUACCCUUUUAAGGGAAAAACCAAAACCCAGAGUUUAAGACGCAUGCCAUUACCAUAAACUUAUGGUGUAUCUGUUGAAGAUUGAAGAGCCCCGUGGUGUGUAUAUCGGGU